UCUAUUUUAUUUUACAUCUAUACUUUGUUUGCAAUAAAAACCUUUUGAAUUCUGAACAAAAAGAAAUUUUUAAUAGAGGUGUCUUUGUUUUGCACUAAAUAGAGCUGAUAAACUGGUACACUGAAUUAAUACAAAGAAAAUUUAAUUAAUCAUUAAUUUUAUCUAAUCAGGCAUAAAAACUGAUGCCACUCGUUGAUUGGUGUUACAUUAUCAUAUUUACUGUACGAAUGUCAUGUUCUUUUCCUAUUCCCUCUUCGUUUUUUCAGUUCGCUCAUACACACACUCUGUCUUUAUAUAUAGAUAUAUCCAUGAUAUAAACAUGCAUACCUAACCAAUAUACCGUAUACCGGGCUACGAGCGAGUCAACUUAUUGUAGAUGUGUGAACUAAGUCAAUUAAGUGUAAUUUUAUAAUUGUAGAUUACAAUGUGGUACUUGGUUAAUGAACAAGGUGUCCGUAUAUAUUUAAAACCAAACAAAGAGACGUUAAUCGGCAGGAAAAAAGCUGACAUUGUUUUGCCAAAUGAUAAAUCGAUCAGCAAGGAACAUGCCUCAAUUAGCGUUACAAAAUUAGAGGAGAUAAGGAGUAAUGAACCAACAUCUAUAUGUAAACUAAAAGACUUAAAGUCAAAAUAUGGUACUUUUAUCCUUCAUGAACGUGACAUAAUACAACUAACUGAAACUGAAUGUAUUUUAAAACACCAAGAUACAAUAAGAUUUGGUUUACAGAACCAUGUAUUUAAGGUGAUAAAUGUGCCUAUAAUAACAACGGUAUCUACUUUAUGUGAUGACGAGAUAGAAAGAUUAAAAAUAUUGAUGGAAGAAAUUGAUGGUGUAAUAAUUACUGACAGCGAUUGGAGAAGGGCAUCCACUUAUUUAACAGUGGGAAAUGCUAUCUUAACACUAAAGCUUGCCUCUGCUAUGGCUUCUGCUCUACCAAUAGUGACAAUGAAAUAUUGGGACGAAGUUAAAUCUGCAAUAGAUAAUAGUCAGCAACUUCCAGAUUCAAAUAAUUUUGUUCCACCAAUUAGUGAACCAUUAAUUGCUAAAAGAAAGGUAUUGAUUUCUCCAAAUGAGAAAAGAACAACGUUAUUUAAAAAUUUAACAUUUAUACAUUUUAGUACAACUCAAUAUAGGAAAUAUAAAAAAAUCAUUAGAAUAGCAGGUGGAAUACCACAAUUAUUUGAAAGAACAAGCCUAGCAACUACAGAAUUUUGUAGCCCAAACGUGAUUGUAUUACAAUAUUCAGAAAAUGAUUCAACACAGAUCACAGACAAUAUUUUCCGUAUAUAUCAUUCAAUACAACAAGCAUUGAAAGCAAAUAAUUAUAGAAUGAUAGCUGAAGUUGAAAUUUGUCUUGCAAUAUUGCAUUGUUCGACAGAAAAAUAUUGCAAUCCUAUGUAUAAAUUCGCAAAGCUUUUAAAAAGAUCGGAACGAAAGAAUGAUUCAUGUGAGAUUUUAAAUCUUGAUACACAAGAUGAAACAGCCAAAGUGUCAACAUUACCAACUUCUUCGUUUUCGAUAUCGACACCCGUAAAACACUGUAUUAUUCCUGAAACAUUGGAUAUCAGUCAAGAACCAUUACCAAAUGUAAGUGGUGUUGUCAUACAACCUACAGAAGAGCAAAAAUAUAAUAAAAUACGAUACACAAGAAAAACUCCUAAUGAUACUUCAGCAACAGAAAAUGUGCAAGUUACACGAUCAAGAGUAAUUUCCAACGUUCCGGCAACGACAUCUGUGAAAAUAAGACAGCGUGUUAUUCCUGAAACAUUGAGUAGCAUCAGUAGUCAAGAAUCACAAUCAGAUGUACAUUAUAUUUUAACACAACCUACAGGAAAGGAAAGAUAUAAUGAAAUACAGUGCAUAAAAGAAACUCCUACUGAUGCUUCAGCAAGAGUGAAAAAUGUGCAAGUUACACAACCAAAAGAAAUCUCCAACCUUUUGAAAACAACAUCCGUGCAAGUAAGACAACGUGUUAUUCCUGAAACAUUGAGCAGCAUUAGUAGCCAAGAAUUAAAAUCAAAUGUAAAUUUUGCUGGUACACAACCUACGAGAAAGCAAAAAUGUAAUAAAUUACAAUACAUAGACGAAACUCCUAAUGAUACUUCAGCAACAAUGGCAAGUAUGCAAGAUACACAAUCUAAUGAAAACAAUUCGACUUUUCCUAACAUGUUAUCACAAAUCAUUCGAUAUUCUAACCAUGAUAAUCAAAAUUUACACAAACAUGGUAAUAUACAGGAUAAGAGACAAUCAAAGGAAGUAAUAAUCUUAAGUGAUGAUGAAAUUGAACUAACCCCAAUACAGCAAAAUAAAAAUAAUAAUACAAAUUCUAAUAAAGAUUUCAUACAUAAUACAUCGAAUAAUAUAUUUAAAACAAGUAAUUUAAGAGAUGAAAAUAGGCAAAUGCAACAAACAGCUCGAUUAACUGAUAAUCGUAUAGCUGCCGCAAAUUUGAAAGAAAUGUGUGAAGUCGAUGAAAAAAUAGAAUUAAAAAAUGUGCGCCCUGUAACACUAAAAGUAGAAAAAAAGCAUAAUAAAGAAACGACAUGUUCAGAAAAUUCAAUUACACCACAUACAACAGAACCACUAAAUACACCUCCUAUAUGUUCUGUGGAAAAAGAAAAAAGGAAACAUAAAGCACAAAAUGUUAUAAGUUCCGCACUAAAAAGUAAUUCAUCACUUCGAGCUCAUCCUAAUUUCAAAGUGUUCAAAAAGGUCCCUGCUAUAGUUCCUCAGAAAAGGAUAAAAAUCGAUAGUAUGUAUGUAUGGAACAAAUACAAUACAACAAAUGAGAAUUUAUGUUAAUAUAUAAAAAUUGUAUUAAACUUCGAAAUAAUAUUUUUAUGUUGUAGAGAAUAUUAUUUUUCUAAUUCGAAUUGUAAAGAAAGUGUAAUUUCUAUAUUAAUUUAAUUUAUAUUAUUUUUUUUAUAAUAUAUUAUUAUUUAAAAUAAUUUCAUGAGUACCUUAAACAUUAAGAAUUACUGUAUUUAAGAUACGACUGUGUAAAUACUAUAUAUAUAUAGUAUAUAUAUGUUGAAAAUCAAAUACAUUAUGUUUUUAUAUUUUAAUAAGAAAACAGGUUCUAUAAUGAUAGUAUGUAUAGCAUUAUUCAUUUAAAUCUAAUAUACAUCAUCUAGGAUCUACAGGAGAACGCCAAUAGCGUAAGAUUACAACACACAUCACAUAUAUGCAUUGCACUCACACUACUGUGGUUAUGUGCCGAUGUUGCAAGUAUGGAGUUAUAUAAAUGAUGGGAGAUGUAUGUAUAUUGAUGGCGUCUUGGAGAAACGUUAGUUUUACGCGGGAAGUCCAGCGAAACGGAACAUCAUCCAGAUCCCAUUAGGGAACAUUCGUGGCCGUGUGUAAUGUGAUCGGCAGAGUCAGUGUUUGCUACGUAAAGUUAUUUCCAAUAUUUUUCAGAUUAAGAUAGUUCUUAGUGAUCAUAAAUUGAAUCAGAGUUAAUACGUGAAUUUAGAGCCAGUGUUUGUCCGCCGCUUGUAAUUUAAACGAGCACGUUAAUACUCUUUUUUUUUUCUUUUUAUACACAUACACAUACAUACACACGCACACACACAGAUAUAUUCUUCUCUUUAAAUACUCGUUUCCGGUAUUAGAGUCAGCCCUCCUCUCAAAAGGAUCCAACCUUUUUAAAAACCAAGAACAGUCGGUGCCUUCAUGAUGUUUCCCGGGCAAAAAUAAUACUAAUAAUAAUAUUCUUCGCAUCUAGUGAGCCAACUCAAGGAGCUUUCGAUUUAAAAGAAAGAUACAAAAACUGAAUCACCAAGGAGUGGAGAGUCAUAGCUACUCAUGGUUUCCUGAGCUACUGGAAAAUAUCCGAAUUACGUGACUAACUUUGGAUGCCUUCACCAAAUAACGGCAUAUUCUUUAAGAAGGGAUAGUACGUAAUAUGUCCGUUCAUUCAUGGAAAUCAGAGAGAUUCGCAGUGACGUAGCUUCCAUGACGUUACAUCGCAAUUCCAGUAGGCGGACUUCGUCAUGGUAGUAAAAUUUUUCACCUACGCGAAACUCGUAAAAUCGAUAGCGUUACACUUGAGCAUUGUGCAAUCUGUGUGCUACAUAUGAGGGAUUUGCAAUUUCCAAGUGAUAAUUCUUCUUUCAAACAUAACAACAUUUGCGCGUGCUUAGUAAAGACAGUAAAAUUAAUAUGCUUCGCCGUUUACAACUCUCUUUUAACUUUCUUAGAAGGGUACAACGUAAACGAUUCAUUUAAGCUGUCAUAAAUUGUGUGAAGAUGUAUAAGGUCCACAUAACUUAAGACUAAACUGAGUCUUUCAAGACAGUUAACGCUAGAACAACUACUGUCUAACGUAUAUUUAAAUAUGCACUGUACAUAAAUUAGUCUGGUCAAAAUUUUAUAACGAGAAUGAAAUAGAUACGUACAUAUAAUCAUAUUUCAAAUCGUGCAGUAGCAGCAUCUGCAUAAAUAUGUUCGUGUGUUUUGGCCAGAUUUAGUAUUUCUCAUAUCAAAUAUUUAUAGUUCUAACAAUUUCAUUGUUUAAUGAAACCUUCAAUGAAAAAUUUAUUUACGCAUUUACCUUGUAAGAGUGCUUGUGAAUAAGAAAUGAAAUAUAUGAAUAAAUAGUGGAAAAACUAGUUUAUGAUUAACAGAAGAAAACUCGUGACUAUAUAAUUGUAAAUAAAUUCUGUUUAGUUUUAAAGAAUCAUUCGUUUCAUAAAAUUAGAAACAGUUUCAUAAAAAGAGAGUCAUGAGAUUUUGUAAAAAGAAAAACGUACAGACUAUAACACUUUGAAGUAUUGGAUGAAACGUAUCUAUACUCAGAACAUAAGCCAUUUAUAGGCAAGAUGUUGCAAAGGCGAUAUAUUUCUUUCAUUUACAGUUAGAGGAAGUAGAGGAAUAAACGUGUAAACGAGCUAAUUACAAAUUCAGUAUAUAAGUUAAAUUCCAUGAUGUUUACCUGCAUUUUAAUUGCAGUAGUUGGGAAUACGUACUCUUGUGAUCAAGAUUAAUAAUCAUUCUUUUCUUUCACGUUCGCCAAUCCACGAUUUCAAAGAUGUAGAACUCAUACAUAAGUCAACGCCGUACUAUUUAUAAUACUAUGAAUUUCUAUAGAAGUUGGAUUUUCUUACGAAAUUUUAUGCAUCUUUUAUAUGUAUAAAUUUGUUAUAUACAUCUACUAUCGUUACUUCCAUACUGUAUGCCUGCAACGUACUUCGUAUAGAAGAAACUUGAAAAUUAUAUUAAAAUUCAUAUAAAUCACAUGUGGUUAGUAAUUCUAAUUUUGAUUUAAUUGAUAUCGUAAAAUAGCGUUAUAUAAAUUCUCUGCUCUAACUUUUCAAUACCAAAUCUUUAUGCUUAGUCAUUUAUGUAGCUAUCAUUCUCUUCGUGUGUAACUUUAAAAGAUUUGUUCUUCUCACCAGAAUGCGUCAUGAUAACAUUGUGCAUCAGCUAAAAAAGUCUGCUAUUCUUAGGUCGAGGAAGUCCCUCGUAGUGACGUAAAUAACGUAAUUUCUGUGAGGAAAGAAACGUUACUGUCCGGAAGCGGACGUGUGAUCAGACUUAUAAGACGUAGCCUUAAAAUCCCUUUCUUGGAAAAAUCUUCCGAAAAUAAGGAUAUUGCCUAGACGGAAAUGAAUUUUAUUUUCAUCGGCACUUAUAAAGUACAAUAGGUCAAUUGUACUUAUUAAACACGUGGAUAAUCACAUCUAUGACUUUCGUCAUGCGUAAUUUUUAUCAUAGAGAAGUUAUUCUGCAAGUAUGUGUUUCUAAUUAGAACGAUAAAUUAAUUAAUAACGUAAUAAAUAUAUCUGACCAAUGACUGUCCAAAUUCUCUGUAUUUCUCCUCUGAAUACUUUAAAGGCCGUAUAACCUUCGAUACGCGGAUAUAGAUAAAAGCAAUCGAUAAAAUUAAUUUUACGAGAUCGAUAUCUCCAGUAAAAUUAGCUGUCGUUAUUUUUCUUCUAGAGAAAAUGCAACUUCACUGUGACAUAAUUGGAAAAUCCUCGUAGCCCAUUGUACUUCUAACAUACUCACCGAGAAUAAAAUCGUUCGUAGCAAUCGACCGAAGAGCGAUUUUAGAUAUUCGAGAAUGGCUGGUAGGAGUUUCCACGUGUGUCAUUGUGCUUUCGUGGUUUCUAGACCACAUUAAACUUUCCGUUAUAUAGAAAACACUUACAUAAGUAAUUAUUCAUUGCUUUUUAUAACGUUUCGAAAAGAACGAUAUUCCAUGCACAAAUGUUUCUUCCUCAAACAAGAGAAACAGCAUAAUAGAUAGCCGUUAAUAAUAAAAAAGAGCUGUUUGCUUUACUUUACGUCUUUGGCUCCUGCGAAACUUUAUUAAACACUUGGACCUAACAGAUUCUUCCGACUUCUAUCUAUUUUAUGUCAAAACAAUGAUUCUAGAUUAGAUGAAAAUGCCACAAAACGGCAUUUAGUAUCGUCAGAUAACACUAAAAUUCGAAAAUCAACAAAAAUGUACCUAUUUGUGUCCCUUUUCUGUGUUCUCUACGUCUCAGUAGCAGCGAAUGUAUCAAUCCACGAUCUAACGUAUUGCAAAAUUCUCAAUUAGCCUAUAAACCAUGAAACAAUACGCAAUAAGUAUCUGAAACUUGUAAUCUGCAUAACAAUCGUGUCUCUCUCUGGAGCUUGUGCAUUUUCUAGAUCGCAAGUGAAGGCACACUUGCGCAAAAUGGAGCGAUGUCGAUUCGCUGAUGAUUUCGCGAGCAUACCAGGUGGAUGAGCAUUUGCAGUGGGUGCGGUAGCUAGAUCGCGAUCGGUCGAACACGCUGAUCGGCCUUUGGUGACAGAAAUGGCCGACAAUUAUGCGAGCCAAGCCCGCGAGAUGAGCUAACGCACGCGGUCGGCAUCGCGACGGAUCCGUAGCCGCUUUCCCUGGUCUUCUCUUCGCGCGGCUUCGUGAUCACGCGCUAAAAAUAAUAGCAGACAGGCACGGCCAGACGAGCCGAAGGCGAGUGUGAAUCAAUCCCCGGAGGAAGUAGCGGCUCGCGCGGUUCCUUACUGCCUUACUCAUUUACGACUCGGCCACUACGAUUAUAUACAUAUAUAACGCCGAUUUUGACUGGCGAUUUUGGAUGCACUUCAUCCACCGACCAUUACACCGAAGUCGAAACUCUACUUGAGAUUCGUAAAAAUAGCUGUUCAUCGAGCAAUAUACGUUGUACGUUUCGUUUCGUUUCUCGUGGCGAUAGACUCGUGUCUGUGCAAUUCUAUGCUGGAUACGCAUCGAUCAUGAAUGAUGAAUCUUUAGUACGAUUGGAAAGCAAUUUUCCUUAUUUUAAUUGCGAUAAAUUGCAGAAUGUUUAUAUGGUUUUAUGCGGAAAAUUAUCCUCAGCUCAAUCUCCUCAAAAGUGGUAUUGAAAGAAAUUUGCAUUAUCGGUCAUCGAAAACAGCAAUUUACUGCAAUAAUACAAAUGAUUAUGUUUAUAACUUCGAUCAUACUAUGAGUUAAUAAUAUUCAAUGUCUUGUGGGAUGGCGCUCGCUUAAUAAAGAUUAUUCAACGUUCUCCUCAUUACUUAAUGACAUACGUAGCAAUAGACUUUUAACAAAACACACGAACAUUUAAUGCAAACUUCUACACCGGUACUGUCUUAUUAUUCCUGAAGAGACAUCACAAUGGAUAUCAUGAUACUUUACAAAAUUUCCUUUGUCCUUUUUGCUUACCAUGAUAGACUGUCCGGAUAUUUACGUAAGAGACGGAACCUAAUCAUAUUUUCUUUAAUAAAUAUUAUAGCGAGUACUUUAUUUUGCAUAUUUUAUAUAUCUUUUAAUAUUAUAUGCAUUCUGAGUAUUUUUCUACCUUGAAAUCUCCUAUAAAUACAUAAAAAUGGCCAGUUUGCUUAUCAGUAUACACACAGAGUCGGGAAACGAAUUUUCAUUAACGAUCGUUUUAAUGCCGAAAGGACAAUGUAUAAUGCAUAUUUCGAACGUCGUGCGUUGAAAGACAAAUGAAGUUUAAUUUUAAAGCUUGAUUGAAUGGAUUGCAACAACUGGCUGAUAAAGCGCGAUCGUUCAAGGAUGUGUUUCCGGUUUUUACGGUUACACCGCCUAAAAUUAAACCCGCUGAUUUAAACUGAGCGCCGCCGAUCAUCGUACAACUUUAAACUCGUGACAUUGGUUCUACGAUAUUUACAUACAAGAAUCUCUCUCGAUGAUUUGUUGAUUCUCUAUAAUCUCGCGAUUCCGUGAAGUAGUACUAGAAUUCUUAUAUUCCAUGAUUUACCGUCAAUUUUACCGAUCUUGAGAACUUUACACGUCGCUGUCUCUAAUAACACCAGAAUCGAUUGCUAGUAUAUAAUACUCACAUGUACACACUUGGAGUCGAUAAUGACUAUAACAGCGAACAAACGAACGUUUGUAAAAUUCAUUAAAACGUUCUAGUAUUCUCGUUAAAAAAAUAAUUGUCUUGGUAUUUAUUUCUAGCAGUCGUAUUAUUUUUCAUAUAUAAUAUAUCUCAAUAUAAUUUCAAUAUAACAAAGCUAUUGUUAUAUUAUUAUAUCCAUCGUUGAAUUAUGCUGUUAUUACUUAUUUUUGAUACUUUAUACCGUGAUUAUGUAUGUUAUAGAAUCAGUUGAUUCUUCUACCACUAUAACCUUUUCGCUAUGUAUAAAUUAGUAUUGCAAGCAUGGUAAUCUAGUGGACAAAAGCACAAUAAAACACUGCGGUACAGACACAUUGAUAAAACAUAUUCAUUGUCACAGACGUAUUGAAUCGUUGUAUUAAUUUACAUCUUCUUCAUCGCGUAUUUACAUCUCAUUGUCAAAUUCAAAACUCCGUGUACUUUUACGAUUCGUGUAUUACGUCGAUCUUUUUUCAUUCAAGAAAUAAAUGGUAUAAGUUGUUCAAAAUGUUUAACUUCGCGGACGAGUUAAAAAUCACGAAAUUUGAAAAAAGUUUUCGUGUUAAUUAGUGUAAAAUACGUCUGUAAACGUCUACAUACCUGUGAAUAUGUAUAGCACACAUCAGCAUAUAUCGUGUGGUGGGCAAUGAAAAUUCCAUCAACAGUGAACGUGUUAAUCUGCGAUUUACAAACAUUCAGACGAAUUCCUGCCAGUAUAUGAUCAACAUCGAAGCCAUUCAGAUUUAUGUCGAUUUCGGUAAAAGGAUCGGCCAGGAGCUAUAUCGCGGGAAAAUUAGCCACGUGUUAUAUAUUACUAUAGAAGGGCGUAGUGGCAUAAAGUUGUCGGUAUUCGCGAGGAGUAUGAUUUUCCAGUGGCUUGGCUCAGCUGAUCGGCUCGUGCCGCGAGAAAAGACGCGGCAGUGCGUGUUAGAACGUGCGAUCGUGCAAACGACAUUCACGGUCGGAUAACGUACGUCGGGUGAAAUGCUCGAACGUGAUCGCGACGUGAAUGUUCCAUGGCGUGGGACUCGUCGCCUGAGGAUCUACGCUGCAAUGUAUCGUGGAAUGCCGCCUGUAAGUCUUGCUAAACGAUGACCAUUCUUUCUACCUUAAACAUGCCGAGAGAUUACCUUACGUACGUGUUCAGGUGGAAAUAUCGAUGUUUGGAGGUUGCGGCAAAAACGAAAUGAUAUAUCUGUUUCCGUCGAAUCUGCAAUUAAUUAAUUUGAACGAAAUAUAAACAUCGAACGAUGAGAAACUGUUUGGUGAAAAAAUGUAUCGAUCGAAAAUAAUUUUAUGUAUAUUCGUAUUGUCUUUGUAUGUAUACAGUAAACAUUACAGACGUUUACGUACAUUUAAGAGAAUAAAAUAGAUAAAGUUUGAUCGGUAUUAAAGUCAAUUUGGCCUAAUUGAAGUUAAUGAAUAAACAAAGACACAUAAUCAUUGCAAAGAUAAUUUAUUGUGAAAUUGAGAUUAGUUAUAACGUAUAAUUUACUUCUUACACUCUUGGUUUUCUUCGAUCUUUCAUUUUUAUCGAGAUACGUUUCAAACGAUUGAUUUAACGAUCUGUAUAAUUGUAUAACGUUGUAAUAAUAAUAAUAAUAAACAUCCCGGGAUUUUCCUAAAUUUCUUUUUAAAUCUAAAAUGAAAUUAAAAAAUUAAGCUUGGACACACAAAGGCGACUCUGUUUGUCUACAAAAACUUGAAAGGAAACUAAGUACUAUCAAAAUUAAGCAAACACUAUCUAAAGUAAUAAACACUAUAAUGACAGCAUACAUAAAUUUGUACUUUCAUAAUUGCAUAUGUGCAUAAACGCAUGUGUAAAUACAAGUAUUCUCAUGGUCGGUCAAGAACGUCCGUGUGUAAAAACACAAAGACGCUAAUCACUCGUGAUAGGUUAACAACGCAUUAAUUUUUUUCCAGUUGUGACUUCUCAUUAUAGUGUGUACGCAUCAGCAAGAAAAUUAAGUCGUACAAUGCAGGAAAAGAGUCUAGUCGUUUCAAUAGAAUCGUCGAAACAAGAUUUGUAUAAAAUUGGAAGAUUCUAACGAGAUUAAGAGAUACAUAUUUUAAUACGAAAACAAUGUGAUUCUACGUAUUCAUUCCCAGCAAACUGUCACUGUCUUUUGUUUACCUCCUUUGGCGUCGUCGUGUUUUCAUUGAUAUGCGUGCGCGAGCCAGCUUCGCCAAUUUACUAUCCUUCCAAUUCUCCGCGACCGUUGCAUCCACAAAAAAUUAUCGAUCCUUUCGAAUGUGAAUUAAUCUCGGAGACGUUUUAUGUCACGCGGCCAUCCAUAUGGCAAGUAAUUUCUCGGUGCGUCGCAAAAAACAUUCGCUGACACGAACACACCGAUAAAUGAACGCUGAUUUCACGGCCCAGAAAAUUCUUAAAUCACCGCUACCUCGAUGCUGACCUCUCUCCAUCGCACCGGUAAGCGAUUUUAUUUCGUUUCAAUCUAAUACACUCUGACCUGCGCUACCGUUCAACUUCGUCCAAAUUAGUCAUGUUACCUGCCUUCAAGUAGUUGGCCACUACUUUACCAGUGUAAACCUGUUAUGGUAUUAUACUUGACCUGGAAUGCACUUUUUAAUAUUCUUCCUACCGAUUCCUUUAUUCUUAUCGGUCGUAUUCUGUCCCAUAUAAUACUCCGUUUCUCAAUAAGUUAACAAGAUUUAAUAAGAAAUUCAUUGAAAAUGUUCUAUAAUUCGUUCACCAAUGAAGGCAUCAAAUCCAAAAAGAAA